AUGUUGCCGAAGAUUUUGGUGAUUCUUCUGAGUGUCGUGCAGACAAUUCUGGCAAUGGAUGAUCAGGCAAUGUGUCCGAAGAAUAGAAGUUUAUUCGAAAUUCCCGGCGACGCGGUUUUGUCUGUGUUCUUGAAUAUCAAUCACGGGCCGUACUGCAACGUUACGAGCAACACCGGCCUCGAGGAAGCUUUCACUGCGUCGUACGUGGUGCAUCUUUUGAAUAAAUAUGAACCUAUCUCUGGACUUUUGUUAGGUAAAUGAACUAUUUUUAUAUAUUAAUUGAGGCAUCCGUGCGAGAAUUAUCACCUGAUCAAAAUCAAGCUACUCGAAUCUGCCAUUUGAA